UUAAAUAAUAGGGUUGUUGUACCGUACAAUCUGUACUUAGUUUUAAAGUAUAAAUAUUAUAUUAACGUAGAAGUUUGCUCUAUUGUAAAUACUAUUAAGUAUAUUUAUAAAUAUAUUUAUAAAGGUAUGGAUAGGACUAUUGUAGAGAUUAUAGAGUUGGAUAAAUUUAAAUAG